GUCUCUGGCGCUGCGUUAGUGCAGCGGUGGCAUACCGACUGCAUGUACGAAGAUAUGCGCCGCCCCAAGUGCGCAUGUCGGUCGUAUGCUGCUAAUAAGCCCUCACAUUGUUUCUGUUCCAUUCCAGCUCCGUUUCGCUUCUUCGUUGCUUCUUCAACCCUUCAGUCCCUCCUCGCCUGUCCAUCAUUGCCGCCAUUGGACAAUCCCGCCCGGACGAUCAUCCCACGAGCACUUGCACCUCUCACCGUGAGGUCGACACACUUCGGCCAGGGCGUGAUUCCUCUGCAGUGCACCCAUAUGUACCUGGAUCCGGCCGUCACGCCAUAUCGCAAUCGAAGCCAUGAGGAGAAAAACGAGGGCAGUUCCUCCGCCGCUACAGCAGGUCGACUACGACGCGCUUCCGCUUUCAGUCCAGAGAAAGUACUUUUCGUCCUUCGAGCGACUGCAAAUACAGCAGCAGGCCAUCGGUGAUCAGACAAGUGAGCCGUCCUCUGGCUCCUCUUCUCGUGCAGCUUCGACAGCACCUUUUCGACGUCUUCACUCCAGGCGUCGAGCGCUUACUACGGGAAGUCAGCAGGAGCUCGAAUUUUCGCAAGCCGAGGCUGCAUUCUUCCUGUCUUUACCUGAUAAAGUGCGGAAGCAGCACUUCUCUCGUGAAGAGCAGGUUGUUCUUUUCGCCAAGUGCGACCAGGCGUUCCUUCCUCCUGACCACAGCCUGGAGGCAGACGAGGUUGCCAAGCAACGCUUUCACGACUUCCACUUCGACUUCUCCACCAACAACCUUGACAACACGUCAGAAGCUGGGGAACCACAAGGGCGCCGUUUCUCAGUUUCUACAUACAGCUCUUGUCGGCCUUCAUUUACCUUCUCACCCAGAUCGAAGAAAGAGCGGGAUACAGAAAGCAGUUUGUUCUUCCUCGACACCAUGGAUUCAUCAUCAAUAAGAAAGAUGCGUCCAGCAGGCUUCAGACGAACUAUGUCUCUGGGCGGUCCACCUAGUCGUCACUCGACUUGUUCUGCAAUGGCCGGACCAGCAUCUCCGCUGUUCAUCUUCCCUGCGGAAUAUCGACCUCGACAUCAGCGAUCACAGUCGUCAGCGCUCCCAGGACGACGUUCUUCGUAUACACCACCGACACCCACAUUCGAUCCAGACGCCACGUACUAUCAGGACCCGGAGACAAGAAGGAAAUUACGCAUGUACCUCGCCUCACCGCAGAAGUUCGACGAAGCCAUCGAGUUUGGAUUUCCGUCUACUGCCGAACAGGAAAACGCCAUGCCUCACUAUCAACUUCCUCCAGUCACUAAGCACUCGCGCAAGUUUAGUCGAGACAUGCACACAUUCCUCAGGGACGGCAAACUUUCUUUCUUCGAAGGCAGGAAUAACGAGAACCAAGGCCUUGAAUCUGAUGGCGAAUCCACCGUCGAUCUUGAGUCACCGAGAACACCCUCGAGCACAGGCUUGUCCUUCCGUCUGCACACGCGCCAGAUAUCUUCGAUUGAUUCCAACGGACUAUCCACUUCAUACCCGAGCCCUGGACACAUGAAUCGCGAGAUGACUCUGCGCAUGACGCUCACUCGGCCCGACCUGCGAGCAGACGAAUAUGCGCUGUAUGGUUGGCAGAACCAGUCACAGCACCUGCACCAAAAAUCGACAGCAACAGCAACCGUUCAGGACGACCCACUCGCUCUCGAAGAGCUUGUCCUGACCGACGAUCAGACUGGCACCAAGGGACCAUUCUACGUCAAGCCAAAGCCAAAAGGCAGUCUCGUCACGCGACUUCUGAAGCGCGCAAGCCAGAAGGGACGAUCUUACACAACCUAGCCGCCAAAAGCUACGUUUUCUUUGUACCUUCCAUUUCACAACUCAUGUCUUCCUAUCUUCAAGCGACUAUAUUGUUGCAUGUUAGCGGGCGUUUUGCUUCAAGCCACUCACGGCUAUGUACGAUGACGAUAUGCAUGAACAUGGCGUUUUCCAUUUCUAAUUCGAUUAAUGUCUAUUCGAACAAAGACAGAGAAGAAGAGAGAUCAACGAAUGAAAAAUUCUGAGCAGCCUUCAAGGCGCUCGACUAG